GCACGGUUCUUGCUCUUGCGAACCCCUCCACAGCCGUUCUCCAAGGAGUGAGGAAGCUCACAAAAACAACCUUUCUUGAUUUGAAAGACAAAAAACAAGCAAUAGCAACCAACCAAACUACUAGAUCUAGUAGUCUAAUACAAACAAAAAUCCAAAAUGCCCCAAGUGAUUGAUGCCGGUGUUGCCAACCAUUCGGUCAGUGCGACCUUUAUGAAACUGGUCAAUGUGCACCACGAAAUGGACUUGGCUGAUUUUGAAGAAAUUGUCAAGUUUCUGAAGGAAAAUAUUGAUGGUGUGAUUCAUGAUGUUCACAAAAUGGACAAGCUGAUCUUGGACGACGGAGAGACCAUGCUGAACUGUCCUCCUGCCCCCGAAGCCAAAGACAGCCAUGGCAACGAAUUGAUUCGUACACUCAGCGAAAAGCAGACGUCCCUGGGAAUUGCUGUCAAGCGAGAAGUCAAGGUGCACGUCCUUGGACCAGACCCAGAUGAUGCCACCAAGACCAGAAUUGAAAUUCGUGAAGAUAUGGUCAAGGGGGGAGAAGAUGGAAAGCCAGUCUUUACCGAGCACCGCGAGACCAUCAGCAUUGCCCGCAAUGCGUAAGAAAAUGAAAGUGUUGAGACAGUGGUUGCGGGCUUGGUGACAAUCUGCCAAUACAUACUACCCUACAGUGUACCUUGAUGUAGCCAGCUUUGACCCGAAGAACAACCACUCCCCCAACUUUGAACAACAAUCCAUGAGUUCUGGCACAUGCUGGACUACAUUAUAAUAAAAUACCAAAACAAUAAAAAAGGAGCCUAAUAAAUAGUCAAGACCACACAGUCCUACUACCAGGUAGUUGUAGCCACCUCGGAAGGACUAUAUCAACAAACAAAUCCACCAUCCACCGACGUAGCGUAGCAUUUCUAUCGUUUUCUAACUAAUCCUCGACUCACA